GCCCGGCCGCCUGCCCCGCCGGCCCGCGGGGCCUCCCUUCUGUCCCGCCGUCUGUCCGGCGCAAGGGGAGGGGGCAGAGGCGGAGGAGCCUUUUGUAGGGACAGGAGAGCAGGUCCCCUGGGAACGUGUUGAGAAUGACAGAGUGGGUGAAUGGAUGGACACCUCUCACAUGCUGGGGGCCUCUGGGACCACCCGUCCCCUCCGCCUCUCCCGGCCUCUACCCACACUGGCCUCUGCCCAGGCCUUGCACGAGUCUCUGGGCCUUUGCUCUUGCCAUUGCCCUUGGCGGGACCACACUCUGCAGCUCGUCAUGUGGCUGCCUCCUCCUCGUCACCCAGACGACCCGCUGUGCGAGGCCUUCCCCAAUCAGCCGGCCAGGAGGCAUCGCUGUCCUGUCUUCUGACUCAUCAGCCGUCACCCCGCCUUAUUUCUUUCUAGUGCUCUCUUUGUUGCGCACGUGUUUGCUCGUCUCCCCCAGAUAAGAUGGGGACCGUGUGCGUCUCGUGCACCUCUGCAGCCCAGCACCUAGGCAGUGCUUGGCACCUAGUAGGCCCUUGAAAAAUGUUGAAUGAAUGGACGAAUGAGGGAGGAUGGGCCAGAGUUCUCUGAAGUCUGCUAGAUGAUGUUCCUCUGUCACCUUGACCCCAGGCUACCUGCGCAGCACCCCUUGUCGUCUUCAGCAGUUCACCCCUUUUCUCUCCUUCCUCCGCCAGACGCUGCCGUCCACCACGCCCACCAACAUGGCCAACUUCACGCCCGUCAACGGCAGCUCAGGCAACCAGUCCGUGCGCCUGGUCACGUCAAGCCACAACCGCUACGAGACAGUGGAGAUGGUAUUCAUCGCCACCGUGACAGGCUCGCUGAGCCUGGUAACUGUCGUGGGCAACAUCCUGGUGAUGCUGUCCAUCAAGGUCAACAGGCAGCUGCAGACAGUCAACAACUACUUCCUGUUCAGCCUGGCCUGCGCCGAUCUCAUCAUCGGCGCUUUCUCUAUGAACCUCUACACCGUGUACAUCAUCAAGGGGUACUGGCCGCUGGGCGCCGUGGUCUGUGACCUGUGGCUAGCCCUGGACUACGUGGUGAGCAAUGCCUCGGUCAUGAACCUUCUCAUUAUCAGCUUUGACCGCUACUUCUGCGUCACCAAGCCCCUCACCUACCCCGCCCGGCGCACCACCAAGAUGGCAGGCCUCAUGAUUGCCGCUGCCUGGGUCCUGUCCUUCGUGCUCUGGGCGCCUGCCAUCUUGUUCUGGCAGUUUGUGGUGGGCAAGCGGACAGUGCCUGACAACCAGUGCUUCAUCCAGUUCCUGUCCAACCCGGCCGUGACCUUCGGCACAGCCAUCGCUGCCUUCUACCUGCCCGUGGUCAUCAUGACGGUGCUCUACAUCCACAUCUCCCUGGCCAGCCGCAGCCGGGUCCACAAGCACCGGCCCGAAGGCCCAAAGGAGAAGAAGGCCAAGACCCUGGCCUUCCUCAAGAGUCCCCUGAUGAAGCAGAGUGUCAAGAAACCGCCACCAGGAGAAGCCGCCCGGGAAGAGCUGCGCAACGGGAAGUUCGAGGAGGCUCCUCCGCCGGCCCUGCCCCCGCCGCCACGCCCAGUGGCCGACAAGGACACUUCCAAUGAGUCCAGCUCAGGCAGUGCCACACAGAACACCAAGGAGCGACCACCCACAGAGCUGUCGACCACAGAGGCCACCACACCUGCCAUGCCUGUCCCUCCCCUGCAGCCACGGGCCCUCAACCCGGCCUCAAAAUGGUCCAAGAUCCAGAUUGUGACGAAGCAGACAGGCAAUGAGUGUGUGACAGCCAUCGAGAUCGUGCCUGCCACGCCAGCUGGCAUGCGUCCUGCGGCCAACGUGGCCCGCAAGUUUGCCAGCAUUGCUCGCAACCAGGUGCGAAAGAAGCGGCAGAUGGCAGCCCGGGAGCGCAAGGUGACCCGGACCAUCUUUGCCAUUCUGCUGGCCUUCAUCCUCACCUGGACGCCCUACAACGUCAUGGUCCUGGUGAACACCUUCUGCCAGAGCUGCAUCCCUGACACAGUGUGGUCCAUCGGCUACUGGCUCUGCUACGUGAACAGCACCAUCAACCCUGCCUGCUACGCUCUCUGCAACGCCACUUUUAAAAAGACCUUCCGGCACCUGCUGCUAUGCCAGUAUCGUAACAUUGGCACUGCCAGGUAGGCAGCAGGGGUGCCCUAGGAGGUGCUGGUGUCGCGUGUGUGCGCUGGGGGACCACGUGGCUCACAGGCUGUAGGGGAAGAGUUGGUGGCACCACUCUGGGUUCAUGUUUGCUGAAGAGAACCGAGGUCUCCAAGGCCCCUUGGGGCUCAAGAGGCUCUGGCUGGAUUCAGAAACCAGAUCUGUGCUCGGGCUGAGGCAGCUCUGAACUGGGACCGCCUGGCCCAUCUCUGUCGCCGUGCUUCAGGGAGCUGGGGGCACUGGCCUGGCUAGGCAUCUGCCCCACUGUGACCAACCAUCAGCAUAGCUGAGAGAAUGGACAUCUGGAGGGCAGCCGAAGCCCAGGGCCUCCUCCAGAAGAGCAAAGGGACCGCAUUCCUGGGGUUCCAGCUUGGGGCCAGCACUUGGGGAAGGAGGCUCAGGAGGGGCGUAGGAUGAGGUCCCGCAUUUUGCUGUAAUCGGUGCUUUCUGCCCCUGCACCCCUGCAUGUAGGCUCAGCCCCCUCUCCCCACGUCCCACUCUGGGGCAGAAAUCUCUUGCUGCAGCUACUCAGCCAGGCUGUGGGUGCAUGGGUGUGGGGGUGGGCAUGCCGGAGGCCAGGCAGAGUGGGCUGUGCCCCCCACCCCCUGCAGCACUGCCCCUGUCACCUCAGGAUGGGGCAGCUGGGAGGUCAGGGACUCACACUCAGGAACUGAGGUCUAGCCUUCUGUAGUUCCAGGCUGAGCCGAGUGACCUACCUUGUCCUGGAGGACCCUUUUCCCCAGGAGAGGGCCUGUCCUAGGUCACAGCUAGGGUGGGGCUAUGGUGGGCAGUGUUCCCAUCCACCGUCCCCAAACCUCUCCCCCUCUGGCCUCUGCUGGGCAGAGGCCUGGGGCACAAGGGCACAAGGAAAGGGGGAACCUGUUGACGGGUACAAGCUUCAGUGACAGUAGGGGCAGUGGUGCGGGCAAGCAGCCCCGGGGGUCUAUGCUCCCCAGUGGGCAGAACCUUCCCGAUUAGCGCUGGGUUGGACCAAAAGACCUUCGACUGGGUAAGAGCAAGAUGGGCACAUCAGCUCCAGUGAGUCAUCGGUUUGGUUCCCUUCCCCAGCCCUGGUGAGGUCCCCGGGAGAGAAGAGGGCUGAAAGGCUUAGGGACUUGAUCAGGGGCACCCUUCCUGGGCCCUGGAAGAAAUUUUCACAAAUGUUCUGCUUUUUCCAUGAGCUCUGGGAGCACUCA